AUGGCCGGGUCUGGCAGGUUGGCACAUAGUGGAGCAUGUGUUUAUCUUGGAUGGCUGGCGCUUUCAACACGUCUACGAUUUCUUUCUGCAGAUCGCAUGAGUACUCCUGGGAGUAGUUGCCAGAUGUUUCAAAUUCCCGUAUCUAUAGGAUUUAUAUACGUGCUUGCGAAGGGGGUAAUACAUCCAGCUCGAACGUGCGUGUGUGUGUGUCGUUUAUCGUCUCGGAAAAUGCGGGACAUUUUACUCGUCCUUGGCUUCCUGUCUGUACUUGGGGACCGCGCAGUGUCACUUUGUACCAUAGUGGCAUUCGUGGCGCGAGGCUUUGGGCUCCAUAACUCAUCGGAAAGCCCAAUUACGCUUCGCCGGACUCAAAUCAUUGGACAAGCCACUCAACGACGUGACAUUCCUAAGAAUGUCUGCAACUGUUUUUGUUCAGCUGUUCCGUCAUUGAUUGAGUAA